GUGGACAUGUCCGCCAUGUUUUUCGUGGCGUUGCGAGCGGAACGACCGAGACGAAAUGGACAUUAAACCCCGUUAAACUCGACAGAAAAUCACUGCCCCAACUGGAUUCUCGGCCGACGGGAACUCAUGACUUCGACCGUGCGGAGAAGCGGCAGGGCCUCGGACGUUUUGGGGCGAGUUUUUUGAGCGACACAACGGCGGGAUACAUGAUGAUGUUUCCCUUCCGUGCGGCGUCACAGUGAUCGGCGACCAUGAGCAAACUCUCGUUCCGCGCGCGAGCGCUAGACGCCGCCAAACCGCUGCCCGUCUACAGGACUGGGGACCUGCCGGACCUCAUCGACUGUCUUUCCAUCAACCGGGCCGUGCCGCAGAUGCCAACGGGCAUGGAGAAGGAAGAGGAGUUGGAGCACCAUCUGCAGAGAGCCAUAUCAGCACAGCAGGUGUUCAGGGAGAAGAAGGAGAAUAUGGUCAUCCCAGUGCCCGUGGCUGAGAGCAACAUCACCUACUAUGACCGCCUGUACAAGGGGGAGUUUGGGAUUCCCAAGCAGCUCAUCCACAUCCACCCAUUCAAUUUAGAUAUUGAGCAGCCCGACUAUGACAUGGACUCUGAGGAUGAGACUCUCCUUAACAGAUUGAACCGAAAGAUGGAGAUUAGACCCAUCCAGUUUGAAAUUAUGAUGGACAGGCUGGAAAAAACUAGCGGGAACCAGCUCAUCACUCUUCAAGAGGCCAAACUACUGCUGAAUGAAGAUGACUACCUGCUCAAAUCUGUGUACGACUACUGGGUGCGAAAGAGGAAGAACUGGCGAGGGCCCUCGCUCAUCCCUCGGGUGAAGCAGGAGAAGAGGGACGGCUCCACCAACAACGAUGCCUACGUGGCCUUCCGGCGCCGCACAGAGAAGAUGCAGACAAGGAAGAACCGCAAGAACGAUGAGGCCUCAUAUGAGAAGAUGUUGAAACUAAAGAGGCACUUCAGUAGGGCUGUCACCAUCCUUGAGUUGAUCAAACGGAGGGAGAAGGCCAAGCGAGAGCUGCUGCACCUCACCUUGGAGGUGGUGGAGAAGAGAUAUCAGAUGGGAGACUUUGAUGGAGAGCUUCUUAAUGAAGUAACCGGGCCACUCACAGAGAAGUCUAUAUAUCACACUCCAAUAUCUCUGCUUAAUGGAAAUCACCAUAACAUAGAAAAUAAAAUUAAGCACCAGCACCAUACCUCAGAGAAGGACAACUCCCAUCUUGAGCUUCCCCGCCCAAAGAGACGUUACCUAAAGAAAGCCAAGCCGGAGCCAUUCCGACAGCAGGUCCGCUCUGGGCACUGGCCCGCCAUCAGCAAGUGUGACAUCAAGCAGUAUGAUUUCCACAGCUCUGGCGAUGAAGAUGACCCACAGUCUUCACUGUCAGAGCCGGAAGAAGAGAAUGACCCCGAUGGGAUGUUUGCGUUCAGGAGGAAAGCUGGUUGUCAGUACCAUGCUCCCCAGGUAGACCAGAGCAAUGCUGUCCUAUGGGAUCACCCUGAGCUGGCAGGGGUGCAGACGCUGAGCCGCACGCACUGCCUUACGGUGCUAUCCGUCCCGCGUCGCUGCGUGGGCCUCGUCCGCCGGCGGGUGGGCCGCGGCGGCAGAGUCAUCAUGGACCGUGUUUCUUCAGAACUGGACCUGGUGCUGAGGCCUCUGGAUCCAGACCUGCUGACUGCGUCUCCUAACACAGAAGAAUCCAACUUGACUGACAAUUCAGUGUGGAGCAGUGCUUGCCAAAGGACCCCUAACAAAGCCAACUCACUGAUGGAGGCCCUUGCCAACAUUCGAGCGUGCCGCUGGCGCUGCUACCGGCCUCGUCCCAGGCAAGAUGGGGAUAGGGAGUUGCACUGCCCGCUGGGGAAUGGCAGGAAGAUACCACAGUGGACUGUGAAGAGCAGGGCUUCGGGAGCCUCUUUGGGCCUGCAGAGUCCCUCCAUCAGUGGAGUAUUAGGUGCCAUCACCGUGGAACAGUUCCAAAGCCAUCGGCAGCAGCUGGCACAGAUGCAGAAGCAGCAGCUCGCUCAACUGCAGCAGGUUCCGCGGCACUCUGUAGAGCCAGAGCAGCACAAUACAGAGACCCCAGGCCUGCUGGAUGCUGUGUCACAGACUCUCGACUCAGUCAGCGCCCAGUUUGCUGCUUCAGCUGUAGUCAGCGCUCUUCGACCAGGAGGCUGUGACUCCACCAAGGACAACAAAUACAAUAACAGCAACAUAAACGGCAUUCUCCAGUCUUCAGGAACCUCAAGAGCUCUUCAGGGUGCCAACACAGCUCUGAGUGUGAGCAGUCCAGCAGCAACCCCCGUCCACCUCUUAAGGACUGUCCCCAGUGCUGGUGGCGGCACUAACCACUUGCUUCCGGUGCUGGGGUCCUCCACCCACCAGUCCCUACCUGGGGCAGUGGCCGCCUGCCUCAGCUCAGUAACCAUGGUGUCUCCCGUCAGCCUGCACCUCAGUACUCGCACCUCCGCACCCUUGCCAUCUGCCUUAAAGCUCGCCAGGGUCGCCGCCAGGGUCACGCCCACCAGCACCAUGAGCAGCAUUGCAAGGGAGAGUCAUGAACCAGAAAGACUUGCUCUAAAUGGAAUAUCGGAGAACACGGUGGCAAUGGAGGUGACAUAGCCCCCAGCUCUAGGGCUCGCACAUGUGCCGGACACUUGGACAGACCUGCCUGAAUGAAUGCAAACCAGGGCUCUCUUUUACACGGACCUCUACCAAACCACAGCAUAUCAAACUGUCCACAAAAUUUCUUGAUUAUAUAAAUGUACAUAUUGUAAAAUUGUGAUUAUCACUACCUUGUAAAGUGCUAUAUUUGUAUCAUUGGUAUGUUUUUUUUCUGUUACUUGAAUUUUAUGUGUGUUAUGCUUUUGCACUUGGAAAUGCAACUGAAUGGAGAGAAAAAAAAAAGUGCAACUGUUUAGGGAUUGUAAGCAUGGAAAAGGAUUGUUUGUCCCUUGUUUUAACUUUAUUUUCCAGUGUUUACAUUUUGUAU